UCGGCUCAUUCAGUGAGACUUUUCUGUAGUGAAAAAACAUUCUCAGCUGGCUCUGAGAUAAACACAGUGCUUGAAAACCUGGUCGCAAAAAAAGCAACAAAAUACAUAAUAUAUUUCAACACACGUAAUAUGAAGCGUUGGAGAGAUGCGUCCGCUAUCAUUGUAGCAGCUCGGAACAAUUUUCCAAAUUUUAAAAAGACACCAAACGCCACCGAUUAUGUUAUUUUGACUGCGCAAAGGUCGUCGCAAAGUUCGUUCCUGCCUGAAGGCUACGUUUUUCCGGGAGGUGUCAUUGAACCAGAAAUUGACAGCUGCAACAAAUGGGAACAUUUACUCAAGAAACUCAAGUUUCGGAAUUUGAAUUUCAGCCUUGUUAAAAAAUCACCUGGUGAUUUGGAAAUUUAUCGCCAAGCUGAAGACGAGCAGCUUCCGAGAACCAUUUCACUGCGGAUAGCGGCUGUGCGAGAGAUGUUUGAGGAGUGUGGGGUGUUGCUGUGCAGACUUCCCAGCCAAGACAAACACGCGCAAUACGGACACAGUGUAACUCUGAGUCAGGCCCAAAUCGAUACAUUUGCUCAAAACACCUGUACAGACAAAUUCUUCGAGCUGUGCCAAAGCCUUGGUUGUUUCCCCGACAUCUGGUCUUUGUCCGAAGCACGGAACUGGCUGACGCCGGCCUUUUACAAGAAGAGAUUUGACACGGCCUUUUUUAUUUGCUGCCUUGAUCAGACACCACAAGUUCGCAUUGACGAGACUGAAGUUUCCAACUUUAAAUGGGAACGUCCAGCAGACUACCUAGAGCUGCACAAAACAAACAAAUUAAAUUUGCCUCCGCCGCAACGAUACGAGCUGACGGAAAUGUCAAAGUUUAACUCUUUGGCGGCACUGAAAGAGGCUGCAGAAAGGGGCGAUUUCUGCAGCAAUCAGUGUUAUUUGCCGAUUAGGUACCUGUGUCAAAACGGAGCUGUGAUUGUGUUGCCCGGAGACUCGCACUAUGAAAUCAAAGAUACUGAAGAAGGGGACGAUAAAAAUUUUCAGGGUGUGACAAUAGAAGAUUUUAGAAGAAAAGCUAGCAAAUUACACAGAUUUGAACUUUUUGCAAAAGAUAAAACAGAAUUUAUAAAAAAUUUGUAGUCACAAGUCAAAGUACAAAAUUACUCUCGCAUAAGAACCAAAAGUGCCAUUUUUUCCUUUAAAUGUUUUAUCUCUUGCCUACAACAC